AUGAACCGAAACCGAGGAGGUAUUACGGAGAGGAAUAUCGGUUUUGAAAUAGCCAUCCAAAAUCUUCAACAAAAAGAAGGAAUUCUGGAGGUUAUCUCCUCCUCUCUUCGUCAACUCUACAAAUCCCUAGUCUACUCUCCUGGACGCGUAUUUCUCUCUUUUUUAUUUUCCACUCACACCCAGUACCAGUUCAAAAGUCUCAACGAUCCCUGCCUCAACAGCGUGGAGUCGGCUAUCCAGGAAAUCCGCCAAAACACCGAAUCCACCUCCAAAAGCCGCGUUCUCUUCCACUACAACGGCCACGGCGUUCUGACGCCCUCCUCGCUCGGCGAGAUCUGGCUGUUCAACCGGAACUACGACAAGUACAAGCCGGUCUCGAUCCUCUCCAUCCACACCUGGCUCAAAUCGCCGGUGCUGUACGUCAUGGACUGCAGUCUCGCGGGGAUGCUGCUGGACCACUUCCGCGAGCUCUACGUGGACUCCAUGGAGGAAGAAAUGAACAACAUUUUGUUUCUGGGCGCUUGCGACUCGGGAGAAUUUCUCCCGGAGCACGAGGAUUUCCCGGUGGAUCUGUUCACGAUGUGUCUCACGGAUCCGAUCCGCGUCAGCAUCCGCUGGUUCCUCCACCACCAAAAGUUCCAGCCGUUCUCGCGCGUGCGGAACAAUCCCAAGGGCGAGAGCAUCGAGGAGGACUACGCCUACCGCCUCGAAGGCGAGCCAUUCGACCAUGAUCUCCCGAAGGGGAAGCUGCACAUGAUCUUUAACUGCAUUACGGACAGCAUUGCGUGGAGCAUUCUGGACGAAAGCACGUAUCAUCUGCUUUUCAACACCGACGAAAUGGUCGCCGCGCUCUUCCGGAAUUUCCUGCUCGCGCAGCGCGUGAUGUCGCUGUUCAACUGCCACCCGGUGAGUUACCCCCGUUUCUCCGAUCAGUCGAUGCAUCCCUUGUGGAAAGUUCGCUUCUUCUUCGCGUCGGUUUUAAUUCGUCUAGACCUGGGAUUCCGUCAUCGAGGAGUUUCUCUCCCAGUUCUCCGCGGUGCAGAAGGAGUGUUCCAUCAUCACGCCCGACGAUCUCCGGGAAAAACUCCCCGUCCCGCCGCCGCUUUCCCCGCCCAACUCGGAGCAGUUGUACCCCAACUUGUUCAAGCAGCCGCUGGAGCAGCCGCACAGCGCGCUGCGCGCUCCCAAGUUCUCCGUGUACUCCAAGUUCACCUUCAAAACCGACUUCUUCCGCUGCAUCUUCUGCGACCUCGCGAAUUUCGUGCCGAUUUUUGGAAUUCCUGA